CUUUAGUGUUCCACGUCCAAUGACACACCAGCUUUGCCUUUUCCAACUUCACAACGACCAUAAGGAGCGUUCCAAUCGAAGACAAAGGAAACACUCGAUUUCAUUUUGGAUGAACGAAUCUUAUCACGAGAACCAGAGAAACUCUUUUUGUAACUACUGUGGCGGCUUAUUAUUAGUCUCCAAUGACGGAAAGGUUGGCUUUUGUAGAGUCUGUAAGAAAACAUCAGAGAGUUAUUCAAAGGGUGGCGAAAGACAAUUUCGACCCUUGAAGCCUUCCGAGUUUUUACGAACACUCUCUGCGAUGAAAGAGGAAGAAAACCAAACUGUCACUGCUUCUGAAAAUAAUCAGGCUACGGUGAAAGAAACUUGUCCUCAGUGUGGUCAUGACACUCUACUGUUUCGUACAGCUCAACUUCGAUCGGCUGACGAAGGUCAAACCAUUUUCUAUACUUGUCCCAAGUGUAGAUAUAAGUUUUCUGUUAACUCUUGAAUGCACUGUUUAAGCAUAUUAUUUUGUUAUUUGUCUUUGCUUCUUGACACUGGCGUUGAAGAAAAUUUUUCACGAGAAGAAGGAACAAACAGUCGAAGCAAAGAAAUAGGAGAGCCAACGAACGUUGCAUUGCUUGUUUCAUUUAGGGUUGUGUUAUAUUCAUGC